CAUGGCGCGGGGCUGCGCGGCUGAGCGGGGCGGCCGCUUCCUGCCCGCGCCACACUGAGCCGCGGUACCGGCGGCCGCAGCUCGGCCGCGCCAUGCGCGACUACGACGCGGCCACCGCCUUCCUGGGCGAAUGGGGCCGCUUCCAGCGCCUCGUCUUCUUUCUGCUCAGCGCCAGCAUCAUUCCCAAUGGCUUCAACGGCCUCUCCAUCGUGUUCCUGGCGGGCACGCCCGAGCACCGGUGUGUCGUGCCCCGCGGGGCCAACCUGAGCGGCGAGUGGCGCAACGCCAGCAUCCCGCUGGAGCUGCGGGACGGGCAGGAGGUGCCGAGCCGCUGCCGCCGCUACCGCCUGGCCGCGCUCGCCAACUUCUCGGCGCUGGGGCUGCGACCCGGCUCCGACGUGGAGCUGGAGGCGCUGGAGCAGGAGCCGUGCCUGGACGGCUGGGAGUACAGCCGCGAUGUCUAUCGCUCCACCAUCGUCACCGAGUGGAAUCUCGUAUGUGCCAACGACUGGAAGGGACCCCUGAGCACCUCCCUGUUCUUUGUGGGUGUCCUGCUGGGAUCUUUCAUCUCAGGACAGCUCUCAGACAAGUUUGGCAGGAAGAAUGUGCUGUUUGCAACUCUGGCAAUGCAGACUGGCUUCAGUUUCAUACAGGUCUUCUCUACCAGCUGGGAGAUGUUUUCAGUGUUGUUUGUGCUGGUUGGCAUGGGACAGAUAUCUAACUACGUGGCAGCAUUUGUUCUUGGCACAGAAAUCCUUGGCAAGUCAGUCCGAGUGCUGUUCUGCACCCUGGGGGUGUGCAUCUUUUAUGCCUUUGGCUACAUGUUGCUGCCUCUGUUCGCUUUCUUCAUCCGAGACUGGCGGAUGCUGCUGCUGGCGCUCACCCUGCCCGGGCUGCUCUGCAUCCCGCUCUGGUGGGUCAUUCCAGAGUCUCCACGGUGGCUGAUCUCCCAGGGAAGGUUUCAGGAGGCAGAAGACAUCGUCCGAAAAGCUGCAAAAACUAAUGGCAUUACAGCCCCAGAUGUAAUAUUUGACCCUAGUGAGCUACAAGAUGUGAAUUCCCAGAAGCAACAGACGUACACCAUUUUGGAUCUAAUGAGAACUCGAAAUAUCCUAACUAUCACAAUUAUGUCAGUGCUUCUUUGGAUGAUAAUCUCAGUUGGCUAUUUUGGACUUUCUCUUGACACACCUAACUUGCACGGAGACGUGUAUGUGAACUGCUUCCUGUCAGCAGUGAUUGAGGUCCCAGCCUACAUCAUCUCCUGGCUGCUGCUCCGCAAUCUCCCCCGACGGUACUCAAUGGCUGCUGCGUUAUUCUUGGGAGGCUGUGUUCUUCUCUUCAUUCAGCUGGUGCCUUCACAUCUCCGUGCACUGUCUAUUCUGCUGGUGAUGUUGGGCAAGUUUGGAAUCACGUCUGCCUUCUCCAUGGUUUAUGUUUACACGGCUGAGCUCUACCCAACAGUAGUAAGAAACAUGGGAGUUGGAGCAAGUUCCAUGGCCUCCAGACUGGGCAGCAUCCUCUCACCUUACUUUGUUUACCUUGGUGCCUAUGAUCGAUUCUUGCCUUACAUCCUGAUGGGGAGUCUGACUGUGCUGUCAGGAAUUCUCACACUAUUCCUGCCUGAAAGCUAUGGUAUGCCUCUGCCUGACACCAUUGAUCAAAUGCUGCGGGUGAAAGGGUUAGAAUACAGGCCUCCAUCUAGUAGCACAAGGGAUUCCAAGGAGGAAGAAGAAAAUCCAGAGAUUUUUAAAAGCACAGCUUUUUGAUGGAACUCCUGUGUAUUUCCUGGUGGACUGAAAGUUAAAUGGACUUUUCUUCUAAAAUUUAUCCUAGAAAGGGCUAGUGACAACACUUUGUUUUCUGUAAUUUGAACCUUAUUUAUUAAUUUAAACACUGUGUUCCCUACAUUCUCUUUUUAUAUGAACAUAAAUACUUUGUAGCCUUCAGUGAGAUUUUUCAGCCAUGGUUGAGUUCAUGCAGUAGUACCAUGGAGCAGAAUCUGAUCAAUCUUUUGUAACUUUCCACGUAUAGUUCAGCUGAAAGAUACUUGAAAAUGAGUUCAAGGGCUGGCAGGGGGCCUGGAUUCUUCAGUGAACCUCCUCCAGAGCUAAUGCUUACAUCAAGAGGUAAAAAUUGCCUGAAAAAGUUGCUCAUUGCUUUUGGUUCCUUGACUUCUGUUUGUGGACAGGAAACUUAUUUAUUAUAGGGAAGGUUUAUGACAAUGUGCCUCUCUUUGAUCUUACUCAAAUGACUUUGCAUAUGCUGAAUUUGUUACCAAAUUGAGAAAGAUGCAAAGAAAGAUUUUGAGAAUUAAUCAUAACGUGUUAUGUUUUAACUCAGCAUAGACUGAAAGGAUUGCCUUGCACAAAGUAUUUAGCACUGAAAUUUUGUUCACAAAAUUCACUUGAUUCCAAUGCUGGAUUUCAACUGUACCUUCUUGGUGAAGUCGUUUACAUCUGACCUUGGAUAUGGCCUUUUUUCAGGCUGGAUUUAUUCUAAAUAAUGCAAACGGUUUCACCUGUGUGUAAAGGGAGUGUGUUAGUUUGGCAUUCUCCCUUUUCAAUAUGUGGUGAAAGUUUUAUGUAUAAAUUGUUUUAAUGUUUUCUGUGCAACUUGGAUGAUGGAAACAAUUCUCCUGUCUUUGUCCUGUGUUUUUCCCACUCAUAUACACAUGCACACGAUUAAUAUAUUUAGUUGUGAAUUUUCAUGUUAAUCAUGCCACUGCACUGACCUCAUGGUGGAAUGUACUGAGAACAAAACUCAGAAUAUAUCACUGACCCCUGAUUCUCCAAGUGUCAACUAUAUGAUUGCUGUGAGGUCUGUUCACUCUAAGUUUCACUUAACUUAUGCAAUCAGUGAAUUGCUUUUAAAUUGUUUUUUAAAAAACCCAACAAACCCACAAAUCUUGUUGUCAGUCUGCCAAGAAACCAUUCCUUGUGUUAUGGAAGUUUGGCAUUGCCUGUGUUUCUUUAAAUACACAAGAUAUAUAUGUACACAGAGUCUCAUUUGUGCUAUGCUGGUUACAGUGUGACAAAUGUGCGUGGUGAAAGGUUUCUCUCUCAUGGCACUUGUGUUUUGUUUUGUCUUGUUACAUUAAGACAAUAAUAAUAAACAGCCUAAACCUUUGUAGCCUAAACUCUCAGGGUCCUUACUGUACUGCAGCAGCUGGUUGGGGAAGUUUUGCAUUUUCCUAUGGUGUUUAAAUAUACAGGUGGUGUUGGCUGAUUCCAGUCUUUCAUUAAUCAAUAUCCCAAAUUCUGACCUUGGUAACAGACUCCAGCAAUGGGACUGAUGUGUACCUUGGACUGCUUGUCACAGGAAGAAAGUAGAAAAUGCUGUAUAGACUAUAGUGGUUUGGUUUGGUUAAAUUCUUCCUAACAGUGUCUUGAGCUCUAGGGUUUGCUUCACUUUUCCUGCAUUUUCUCACCUCCUUAUUUAGGAUUUGCAUUUACGAAUGCAGCAGGGAGCUGACCAAUGUCCCCAGGCCAGAGAAUGAUACACAAGCACAGUGUUGUCAGCUUUUCCAAGGAAAAAAAUUCAAAGCUUGGGGCAGAUUCAGUGUCACUCCUCUUUAGUAGGUUGACAAGCCCUGAGCAGGCAGGUUUAAAAUGCAGUAUGUGAUUUGAGGCUACUGCCAAAACUGAGAAUCUGGAUUUUACAAGCCUCACUGCACAUCACAGGACAGCCUUGACAUGAACAAAUACAUGUCAGGAUAGUGCAUGUAACAGCCAGUCCCCCUUUCCUGAAAACAUGACCUGAUCUGUUAGGUUUACAGCCUCUUUGAAAUACCCAUUGCAAGAGUAUGUUGUAAAACAUAGUACAAAUAGUUUUCUUUGUAAACCUUAUGUUUAGGAACUGGAACAUUGCGAAGCAGCUUUUUUUGUGUGUGUUGAAGAAUGAUCUGGUAACUGCAGGAAUCUGAGGCAAAACACAUUUAGCUGCAGCUUCCUUGUAAUGAAUUUGCCAAUGUAAACAACCAUGUCCCAUAAGGCUCUUCCUGUAAACAGCUUCAGAAAAUACCCUGAAAUGUAAAAUACGUGCUUGCUUGAUAGAUUAUUUAGUCUGGAAAUUCCAGUCCUAAAGUGCAGUGUCAAUUUAACAUCUGAUUUAGCUGUAAUUUCUUACCCACUCUUUUAUCAAAGUAUGUGCCUUGAAAGAGAGACAUUUUUUCUUGAAUAUUUAAAUAUUUUUAUGUUUACUGAAGUUCUUUGUGAGGUUUUCUGUUGUUAUGGUUGGUUUGGGAUUUUUUUUUUUUUAAUCCAGAUUGGGGAAUUUCCUGAUUGUGACUAAUACUACAAAAAUCAAUGGCAACCACUUCACGUCAAAAAAAGGUUUUUUCUCUUGCUUAUGUUUUUAAAAACAAAGUUUGAGUCAGAAAUGUGGAACAUAAUUGAUAUAGCAGACUGGGUUAUUUUGUACUUACUGUUUUAUCCUACUCUUUUCAAGUUCAGUUCUAAGCCAAGGACUUUGUUCUAGUAGGUAACAGGCAUCUCCAAAAGGAACUGAGGAAAUAUUUUAAUAAACAAGAUACAGAUAAAAGGACCUGAUACAGUAAUGGGCAAAUCUUAGAGUGGUGUCCAUGCUGGCAACAGAUAAGAUUUGCAGCACAGAGUAUGUGCAGAAUAGGGAGAAAGGACAGAACUGACUUUUGGAAGAAGAAUUGUGAUAAACCUGUGAGCUUGUGCUGCAGAGGAAGAAGAUGAACAGACUUUGACACUCAGACUGACCUUAACCAGGGAAGUCCUGCAUGAUUUGGGUGCCUAUAACCUGUAUCACAGCAGCAAUGCAUGUUAGUUACCUGGUUAGGGAGGAUUCCCUGUUGCCAGAGAACAAUCACACUGCCAUAUCUUCACCAAGGGAAGUAGCAUAUGGCCUUGGGGACAAGGAUCUCUUCCUUUCCAGCUCUCAGGCUGACUCCUGUCAUCCUCUCAGCCAUGUCACAUAAUCCUGUGACUUCUGUUUCUUUGCUUGGAAAUGCCAUUAACUCAAAAGGUACCACAACUGCUUGUGAUGUUUGUGCUCCACAGUCAAUAAUUGUUGGAAUCUCUGACUCUCCUGACAGUGAAUGUAAUGCUCCCAUAAGCAUCAUUUAGUACUUCAUCUUCCACGAUGGGGCAACUUUAGCUGACUUCUGACACUGUUUUGUGAAGAGGUGUGAAUUCCUCCCCCCUUUGCAAGUGAGCAUUGCAAAGGUGCAGGGGAAGGUGGAUGGGUACACAGGGAGGGGGUGCAUUGCCCGGGGAGCUGGACUGUAACACCUGUUUCAGUAUUUGUAGAAUAGAACCUUAGUCCUGGCAGUUAUAAAUUAUUUUCAUAAAACAUAGAAUCAGCUUAGGACCAUAAAGCCUUAGGUAGACGUGCUUUUGGGAGUACCUUAAACCAGUAAUGGCUACAGCCUUGUACAUAGAAAGAUAAAUUUCUUCUAAGAAUGUAAAUAUUCCUAGCUGUACCUACAUUGA